CGUUCUUUGUUUUCUCUAUUUCUCUCUUCUCUUUCUUCUACCCAGAUCAGUCGUGAAUUUUAGUCUACUCUUUCAUUAAUUUUUACUGUGUUUGAUACAUGAAACAAACCAAAAAAUCGAUCGAUUUUCGUUUUUGGGGAUGAGCGAUCAUAAGCAAAAGUAAAGGCUGUCGUAAAGAGAUCAAACCAACUUGCGCCGACUACAACACUCUGUUCGAUCAAAAGAUAUGUUGUCGCAACUUCGGAGCGUGAGAGAGACGGAUUGGAUUGCCCACACGACUUGCAGUCAUUGAAACUCUUUGGACAGACACUACAAAGCCCAUCAAAGUUUGUCUGACUCUCGCCUAUCCUAUAAUCCUACUGUAGGAUUCCUACAGAGACAAUGCAUCCCAUUCGGCCAGGUCAAUUUAUACAAGUGUAAUUUGAGGAGACUAAAGAGUCAGCGACCAAUAAUAAAGAGAGUGAAGCAAAAAUAUUCACCAAUAAAAAAAGAAAAAGAAGCUUGGGUGGUCAAACAAAAAAAUGGCGGAGAAAAAGGGAGUCAAGUACUUCGUUGUUGAUGCAUUCGCUGAAUCUGCCUUCAAAGGGAAUCCAGCUGCUGUUUGCUUUCUAGACGACGAUAACGAUAACCAGAGAGACGACGCGUGGCUUCAGUCUCUUGCUGCCGAGUUCAACCUCUCCGAGACUUGUUUCCUCACUCCGAUCAUCGGAGACUUCCCUCGAUUCCGUCUCCGAUGGUUCACUCCUGUCGCUGAGGUGGAUUUGUGUGGCCAUGCAACUUUAGCAUCUGCUCACGUUCUCUUCUCAACUGGUUUGAUUGAUUCCGAAACAGUUGUGCUUUCAUCUUGGGAAGCUGUCAUUGAAUUGCAGCCAAGAUUAGAUGAGAUAUCGAAAUGCCCUUGUGAAGGAAUGAUGGUGUCUGCCGCUGCUUCUGCUGAAUCUACUUAUGAUUUCUGUAGUCGCUACUUUGCCCCGAGAUUCGGAAUCAAUGAGGACCCUGUUACUGGAAGUGCGCAUUGUGCCUUAGCACAUUACUGGAGCCUCAAGAUGAACAAGUGUGAUUUCUUCGCCUACCAGGCUUCAAGCAGAGGGGGAACGUUGAAGGUGCACCUGGACAAAGAGAAGCAGAGGGUUCUGCUCAGAGGCAAAGCAGUCACUGUUAUGGAAGGUUAUGUCUUAGUUUGAAUUUGGCUAUGAUGAAAAAUCAGGCUCUUGUAAUAUAUUACACAAUCAUGAUCCUGAUGUUCUUUAAGUUGACAAUCUUGGUAUCUUUUUCAACAGUGUGAUUUUCUUGUUUUCCAAAAAGUCAA